UCUUAGCCACUGUGUGAUAGACCGGCGCGCACGCAUGACGGCCGGCGAUCCAUCAAUCGAAUUGAGCCAGUAGUGGUGUAGAUACGAAGUGAACCAGACGUGCUACAGAUCCCAGUGAAAUUCUACAACGAAAUGGGAGUGUUGAAUUUGGAGGAGGAGGCUGGCGUCAGCACAGUUUUAGUUUUUUAUGUCAAUGGAAAAAAGGUGGUAGAACCGAACCCAGAGCCAGAAUGGACGCUGCUGUGGUACCUCCGCAAGAAGCUGCGCCUCACCGGCACCAAGCUGGGCUGCGCCGAAGGCGGCUGCGGCGCUUGCACCGUCAUGGUCUCCCGGCUCAACCGCAAGGAGAACAAAUUAGUUCAUUUAGCUGUAAACGCAUGUCUUGCCCCAGUCUGCGCGAUGCACGGCCUCGCAGUCACAACAGUUGAAGGAAUAGGCUCCACGAAGACCAAACUUCACCCAGUCCAAGAACGAAUUGCCAAAGCACACGGAUCGCAAUGCGGCUUCUGCACUCCAGGCAUUGUAAUGUCCAUGUACGCGUUACUAAGAUCGUGCUCUAAAGUCACAUAUUCAGAUAUGGAAGUAGCAUUCCAAGGCAACCUCUGCAGAUGUACAGGUUACCGAGCCAUUAUAGAAGGAUACAAAACAUUCCUCGAAGAUUGGGAGAAGCAGCGCGUUGUUGACGCUCCAGCUAACGGCACGCAAAGAAACGCCUGCNAUGCCUGUGGUAUGGGAAAAGACUGCUGCAAAAAUAAGACUGAUAAGAAGGAAAGCGAAACAGAACAUAUUUUUGACAGAUCAUCGUUUCUGCCAUACGACGCCAGCCAAGAACCAAUAUUUCCACCUGAAUUAAAAUUGUCAUCUGUAUACGACCAACAAUAUUUAUUAUUCAGAGGGAAAAAUACAACUUGGCAUCGCCCUACAGAACUGACUACUCUUUUGAAGCUCAAAGAACAGCAUCCAGAGGCUAAAAUUGUGGUCGGUAAUACUGAAGUUGGGGUUGAAGUAAAAUUUAAGCAUUGCGUUUAUCCAACCAUCAUUAUGCCCAAUCUUGUUUCUGAAAUGAAUACGAUUGUAGAAAAUGAAAAUGGUUUGACUGUUGGAGCUGCUGUAACUUUAAUGGAUGUAGAUACCACUUUCAGACAAUACAUCCAGGCCUUUCCUCGGCGUAAAACAAGGACCCUGGUACCUAUUGUAGAGAUGUUGAAUUGGUUUGCAGGAAAGCAAAUAAGAAACGUAGCAGCGAUAGGAGGAAAUAUAAUGACAGGCAGUCCAAUUUCUGAUCUCAAUCCUAUUCUAAUGGCAUUAAAAGUGAAACUCAAUUUACUGAGUAAACAAGGAGGACAUCGGUCGGUUCUGAUGGAUGAAAACUUUUUCACUGGAUACAGAAGAAAUGUAGUAAAACCAGAUGAAAUUUUGCUAUCCAUAGAAAUACCAUUCUCGAGAAAAUAUCAAUACGUCAAAGCAAUAAAACAGGCAAAGAGACGAGAAGACGAUAUUUCUAUAGUAACAGCAGCUGUAAAUGUGGAGUUUGAGGACCACACUAAUGUCAUAAAGGUCAUAAACGUCGCAUUUGGUGGCAUGGCACCAGUUACAAAACUUACACCAAAAACUAGCGAAUUACUUAAAGGUCUGAAAUGGAACGAAGAGAUGCUUGAAAGAGCUUAUAAUGCAUUGUUAGACGAGUUGCCACUUGACCCUUCGGCUCCUGGUGGCAAUAUUCAGUAUAGACGGGCAUUAACUAUGAGCUUAUUUUUGAAAUCAUACAUAGCCAUUGGUAAAGAAAUGUGUCAGGAUUACAUAAAUGAUGAUUUUAUUAAGCCUUAUCACAGCAGUGGGGGCGAGCUGUUCCAUGGUAGUAUGCCAAAAAGCUCGCAAUAUUUUGAAUUAGUUGGUGAUAAGCAACUAAAGACUGACAUGGUUGGAAGACCCGUGCAACACUUCUCAGCGUUCAAGCAAGCAACAGGAGAAGCUAUUUACUGUGAUGAUAUGCCUAUCGCUGAAAAUGAGCUGUAUAUGGCUCUUGUUCUUAGUACAAAAGCACAUGCCAAGUUAGUUUCAGUAGAUCCAAACGAAGCAUUGUCUCAACCUGGUGUAGUCGCAUUCUUUUCUGCCAAAGAUUUAACUCCAGACCAAAACAAAAUUGGACCUAUUUUCCACGACGAAGAAUUAUUCAUAAGUGAAAAAGUUACAAGUCAAGGCCAAAUAAUAGGAGCUAUAGUAGCCGAAGACCAGGCAACAGCUCAAGCUGCUGCAAGGAAAGUUAAAAUAAAUUAUGAAGAGCUUCAACCAAUAAUAGUCACUAUUGAGGACGCUAUAAAGCAGAAAUCAUUCUAUCCGCAAUUCCCUAAAACCAUAAGGAGAGGAGACGUUGCUUCUGUAUUUGAGAAUAAAAAUAAUAUCAUUAUCGAAGGUCAAUGUCGAACUGGGGGCCAGGAACACUUUUAUUUGGAAACUCAUGCCGCUUUUGCUAUUCCCAAAAAAGAAGAUGAUGAAUUGGAAAUAUUCUGCUCUAGCCAGCAUCCAUCCGAAAUAGCGAAACUGGCAAGUCACGUACUACACGUACCAAUGAAUAGGAUAGUAGCUCGAGUGAAGCGAAUGGGUGGUGGUUUUGGCGGCAAGGAGUCUCGAGGUCUGUUGACAGCUUUGCCAGUAGCACUAGCUGCGCAUAAGUUGAAUAAACCAGUCCGACUGAUGCUGGAUCGCGACGAAGACAUGCUGAUGACAGGAACUCGACACCCAUUUUUGAUCAAGUACAAGUUAGCAGCUAGCAAAGAGGGAAUUAUGUUAGGUGCCAUUGUCAAUAUCUACAACAACGGCGGUUAUUCAAUGGAUUUAUCAGGACCUGUUGUGGAAAGAGCAAUGUUUCACUUCGAAAAUGCAUACUAUAUCCCUAAUGUAGAAGUCACUGCUAAUGUCUGUAAGACAAAUUUACCUUCCAAUACAGCCUUCCGAGGUUUUGGUGGGCCACAAGGAAUGUUCGGAGCCGAGUGUAUGCUUCGUCAUCUUGCAACCACUUUGGGAAAGACUCCGGAAGAACUUAGCAAACUGAAUUUGUACCGCGAGAACCUGACGACUCACUACGGACAAGUCUUGACUCAUUGCACUUUGCAGAAAUGUUGGGACGAAUGCGUCGAAAAGAGUAACAUGCUGGAGAGGAAAACAAAAAUUGAUAACUUCAAUAAGCAACAUCGUUGGAGAAAGCGUGGAAUUUCAAUAAUUCCAACAAAGUUUGGAAUUGCAUUCACAGAAAAGUUUUUGAACCAAGCUGGUGCCUUGGUUAUUAUUUACGUGGAUGGAACUGUGCUUGUAUCCCAUGGUGGCACGGAAAUGGGACAGGGACUACAUACGAAGAUGAUUCAAGUGGCAUCCCGUGUACUCGGGGUAGACGUAUCGAAGAUACACAUAAGUGAGACAUCUACAGAUAAAGUACCAAAUACAUCAGCCACGGCAGCUAGCGCUGGGUCCGAUCUUAAUGGAAUGGCUGUUCAAAAUGCAUGCCAAACGCUAGUUGAUCGUCUUAAGCCCUAUAAAGACAAGAACCCUAACGGAAAGUGGGAAGAUUGGGUGUGGGCAGCUCACUUUGACAGAGUUAGUUUGUCUACAACCGGAUUUUAUGCUACCCCUGACAUCGGAUAUGACUUUAAAACUAACACAGGGAAGCCUUUCAACUACUUCACUUACGGGGUGGCUUGUUCCGAAGUGGAAAUCGAUUGCUUGAGUGGCGACCACCAAGUGAUACGAACGGAUAUCGUAAUGGAUUUAGGGCAGAGUAUAAACCCAGCUAUAGACAUUGGCCAGAUUGAAGGGGCUUUCAUACAGGGAUACGGUCUUUUCACGAUGGAGGAGUUGAUUUAUUCACCGACUGGGACAUUGUACUCUCGAGGUCCAGGGGCAUACAAAAUCCCUGGUUUCGCUGAUAUUCCUCAAGAGUUCAACGUGUCUUUGCUCAAAGAUGCUCCUAACACGAGAGCUGUUUGUUCCUCAAAGGCUGUGGGUGAACCACCAUUAUUCCUGGCGAGCUCCAUCUUCUUCGCGAUAAAGGAGGCGAUUCGCGCGGCGCGAAUCGACGCCGGCGCACCGGAGGAGUUCGAAUUGGACGCGCCAGCCACUUCGGCACGCAUACGCAUGGCGUGUGUCGAUCAUAUUACUAAAAAGUUACAUCAGCCAGACCCGUCCAGCUUCAAGCCUUGGAAUGUAGUUCCAUAAUUUUGUGAUGCGUGUUUGUAGAUAAUUUUUACAUUUUAAACUUACGUUAGUCAAUAACGAUGCAAGCUUUAUAAUAAUACGAGGAUACACAUAAUGAAUAAAGUACUUUGUAUAUGUACAGAUGAAAUGUAUAGUUAAAUAACAUACAUAUAUUUACAAUGUACGAUGUAUCUAUCUUUU